CACAACAACAUUCUAAUUACCAAAUGUCUCGGGAUAUCCUAAUCGUCGGCGCUACAGGCCAGCAAGGCAGGGCUGUAAUCAACGCGCUGUUUGCACCUACUGCUCACCAUGGUCCUCCAAUCCGCAUACUUGCCUUGACAAGGUCUGCGUCAUCACCAAAAGCCCAAGCCCUGCAGACAUCCUAUCCAGAUAUUGUCUUGGUCGAAGGCGACACGCGCAAUCCAGCACCCAUCUUUGCAGCCAACCCAAGCAUUGCAGCAGUCUUCCUUGUCACUGUCCCUCCAGAUGAAGAGGAGCAGGCACUGCCGUUCAUCGAGGCCGCAGUCGCAUCCGGCACGCAUGUAGACCAUGUUGUCUUCACCAGCGUCGACCGAGGCGGAGAUCUCGAGAGCUGGACUCAUCCAACUGAAGUGCCUCACUUUGCCGCAAAGCACCGCAUCGAGAUACGGCUACGUCAGUUGUGCGACAGCGCGGGUAGACGAUGGACUAUCUUGAGGCCUACCGGCUUCAUGGAUACAUACAACCCGGGCUUCUUUGGCAAGCUCAUGGCAUCGCUCUGGAGAACAGGCGCGCCAAACCACAUGCGCAUGCAGCUGGUCAGCACGCACGACAUCGGAAUCUUUGGCGCCAAGGCACUGUCGAACCCGGAGGAAUGGGCGGGGAAAGCAGUGGCUCUGGCAGGCGACGAGCUCAGCUUUUCCGAGCUUCGAGAUAUUUUCGGGCGGACGGUUGGCAAGGAGUUACCACAGUCAUAUAGUGUACUGGCUUGGGUAGUCUUGUGGUCGGUGAAAGAUGCCCGCAAGAGCUUUGAGUGGUAUAACACGGCCGGCCAUGGAGCAGACAUUGCUAGCCUCCGGCAGCAGCACCCCGACUUGCAGACGUUUGAAAAAUGGCUUCAAGAGUCAAGCCAGUGGAAGAAGGAUAAUGGUGUACUUUAAGAAGCUUGGUAUAAUUAAUAGCUUGUCAACCUGAAGUAGUUCAGA